AUGCAUUCUUCGGCAUUUUUCAGAACAUUUAAGCCAGCAAUUCGUGUCCUUGCCGCCCCUCAAAAUCCAUUAUUUCUUCGUUCCAUCUGCACCAAAUCAAAUGCUUCUAAUGAAAAUCCAACACUUUUUGGUUCUGGCCUCAUCAUUGCAGCCUCAACCAUAGCUCUCUAUUAUAUUUCAUCUUCUUCUCAUCAUAUUUCAUAUGCCGAUUCUGGACAAGAGUCCACCUUUUUAUUUGGAGAUUCGUACCGGAAAAAAGUUUUCUUCAAGUAUGAGAAACGGUUGAGAUUGCAAAGUCCUCCUGAAAAGGUGUUUGAGUACUUUGCAUCGUACCGAACACCAGGUGGGGAAGUGUAUAUGACUCCAGGGGACUUAAUGCGAGCAAUUGUUCCGGUGUUUCCACCAUCUCAAACAACUGGCAUUAGAGGAGGUAAUCUGAAAGGAGAAUCCGCUUCAACCGAGCUACAUUGUGCUCCUUCACAAUUUUUCAUGCUCUUUGAUACCGAUAAUGAUGGACUUAUAUCAUUUCCAGAGUACAUAUUUUUCGUUACACUAUUGAGCAUCCCGGAACCUAGCUUUUCACAAGCAUUUCAAAUGUUUGACAUUGACAAUGAUGGGGGAGUUGACAAGGAAGAAUUUAAGAGAAUGAUGGAACUGAUGCGAACUGCUAAUAGACAAGGUGCACGACAUAGAAAUGGAAUGCGAUUUGGAUUAAAAGUCACAGGUUCAGUAGAUGAAGGAGGUCUAUUGGAGUACUUCUUUGGUAAAGAUGGCAAAGGGAGACUUGAGCAAGAAAAAUUUGUUCAGUUUUUAAGAGAUUUACAUAAUGAAAUAUCGCGAUUGGAAUUUGCCCAUUAUGACUACAAGUCACAAGGAAGCAUUUCUGCCAAAGAUUUUGCUUUAUCAAUGGUUGCAUCUGCUGAUAUAAGUCACAUCGACAAGUUUCUUGACCGAGUAGAAGAUCUGGAUGAUGAAAAACAGCUUAGAGACGUACGCAUUACAUUCAAGGAAUUCAUGAACCUUGCUGAGCUACGCAAAGAACUACCAUCAUUUUCACAGUCCAUCUUAAGCUAUGCAAAAAAUGGACUUUUGUCGAAACAAGAGUUGAAAAGAGCUGCUAAUCAAGUUUGCAGCAUAUCACUUAGCGAUAACGUGGUGGAUUUGAUAUUUUUCAUGUUUGAUUUAGAUUGUGAUGGGACUUUAAGUUCAGAUGAGUUCCUAAGAGUGCUGCAAAGAAGAGAGCAAGAGAGUUCACAACCAAGAGAGUCAAGUUUUGUAGGUUUCUUCUCUAGCUGGCUUGACUCAACAAAUAAGUAGUUUUUGAUUCAAAUAUAUAUAGUGGAAUAUGCUCAUCCAACAUUCUGUGUUAGCUUUUAACUAGGGAUUUGAACUUUUAGAGUUCCACAUCUGGACAUUAAUUGUAGAGUAACUCCCGCACCUCCAUAACAUUAUCCAUGAACACGUAACCUUCUCCAUGAUCUCAAUAGUUAAUAUCAUGUUUAAGACAAUUUUGUA